CCACCGUAGCAGGCUGAGUUGUAGUUUGGCCGCGAGCGAGUUCGUGUGUCCGUGCCGUCGAAUGUGUGUACGUCCGUCGUUGAUUCUUGUUUUGUGAGGAGGCUGCUGGAAAACGAAGAAGAAUCUCAGCCCGUUGAUCAAUAAUAUCGGAAUUUCGUGACUCAAUCCGGCUGCCCAUGAGUGGCCUCGGUUGGUGAAAAUGAUCAGCGCCAUCGUUUCGCGUAUUGUGAUACUGCUGUUCGGCACGCUCUACCCGGCGUACGCGUCCUACAAGGCGGUCCGGACCAAAAAUGUCAAAGAAUACGUCAAAUGGAUGAUGUACUGGAUCGUGUUUGCGUUCUUCACCUGCAUCGAAACGUUCACCGACAUCCUGCUGUCGUGGUUCCCGUUCUACUACGAGAUCAAGGUGAUUCUGGUGCUGUGGCUCCUGUCGCCGGCCACCCGAGGCAGUUCGACGCUGUACCGAAAGUUCGUCCACCCGAUGCUGACGCGCCGGGAACAGGAAAUCGAUGACUACAUCAACCAAGCCAAAGAGAAGGGCUACACGGCUGUGCUGCAGCUGGGCUCGAAGGGAGUGAAUUAUGCCACCAACGUCAUCAUGCAGACGGCAAUCAAGGGUGGUGGCGGUUUGGUGCAGACGCUGCGCAAAAGCUACAGCCUGAGCGACCUCUCGGAACCGGAUACGCAGCGCACCCAGGACGAGGUCGACGAAAUGUGCGCGGGAGGCAUGGGCAUCGGCAUGGGUGGCCACCAGCCGCGCGUACUGCGCUCCAAGAGUGCCCGGUCCUCCUCCGGCGGGCGCCACGUGGAAAUGUACUUCCCAGAGGUGGAGUUGGCUGGGACACCACACCGCAACGCACCACCACCGUAUAACUAUAUUCGAUCGUCCGACGAUAUCAGUUCCGGAUACUCGAGUGCCGAACCCGGGCUCAAUCGAACGGCCUCGAUGAGCAACACGGCCGCCGUUAGGCCCAGAGUUAAGUCCAAGACGCGUGAGGAUAAAAUGUCUGCUAGCUGCACCACAUUACCUCGUUCCAAAAAGGCGGAAAAGGUCAUUAAAACACGCUCGAAGACAGAAAAGUAAACAACAAGAAUUACUUUUUCCCUUAUUUAAAGAAAAAUGAGACAGACUCUAAAUUUUCAACAUUUAGUUCCACGCUUUAGUUUAUGGUUUUACGAUAUUUUUUUAAAGUAAUCUCGAAUGGUGCUUCUAAAAAAGUGAAAUAAAGUGUUAAAAUUCGAGCAAGGAGCACACAGGCAAACAAGAGAGCUUAAAGGCGCCACAAGCAAAUGACAUUGCUUUUGAUCUGAGAAGACAACAUAUAAUACUUUUAAAUUCACCCAACUUGCUGACAAGCAGAGAGCUAAAGUCGAUGGAAACUUUAAUGAUCUAUUGAAAACAGAAAAAAAACCCAAUAAAUACCCAAAAUGGAAGCAUUUAUUGAACGUAGAGCAGAACACGAUUAAAAUACCAGUUUAGUGAGUAAGGAAUGCCAAACUAUGAAGAAAAAAAAAAAGCGAGAGGACUAAUAAAUUACUGACCCAUAGCGAAAGAAAAUGAAGGAACUGACUAGGAAAGUUUUAUCUCGAAAGAAACGUAAACAGUUACGAGAACAACCUCCGUUUUUGUGAUCUCCUUUUAAGUCUCAUUGUCUCAUUGUAUUUACUUGUUUUGAGCACUUUCUUGCUUUUUAGGUUUCACAAGUCCAAAAAAGAAUUUGCCACGAGUAGGAUUGUUUAGCAACUUUAAAAAUCAUACUGUAAAUACACACACAUAGUGGAAAUUGCGAAAAACAUAAUUGUUGUGUAUGCUUAAGAAAAUUUAUUUAGUCUUAGAAGAUUAUUUCGACAGAAAAUAUUACGCGCACGAACUCCUCAUUAAACUUAUGAAUGCAUGUUAAUUGAUGUUUAGAAAAAUGUAGCACAACAUUGUGAAUGUUACGGACGAAGAUAGGUUUGCAAUGGUCAUAUUUAGGCUUUAUUUUGAUACUUUCGAAUCACACGACAUAUCUUCGACUAUUUAAAGAUGACAUUAAGAGAAACAAAAACUUAGUUUAACCAAUCAAUAAGAACGGAAGGCAGCAUAGAUAAAAUCAAUUGUUAAAAGUCAUAAGAAAAAGAUAUAAACACCACAAACAGAAAAAAACACAAUUCAAAGCACCAUUUGAAUCCCAACAAUCGUCACAUUUCCCAGUUGAGACAGCUGCAACAUUUCAGAGGCAGCUUCAGUUGCGCAAAGACUUUAAAAGUUUGCUCAAAAAGCCCAGUUGCAGUGAAUCAUUUGAAAGAUGAUGAUUACGAGAAAAUACAUAACACUUGAGGAACCCCCUUUUACUCUGCAAACUCAUACGCUAGGUUUAAUUUAGUGUACAAUAAACGUUCUGAGUUUAGGUUAUAUAUACGGAAUGGAGUCCAGGAAUGGAACGAUGCAGAUUACGAUAAAUAAACGUUGAAAGUUGGAGUAA